CUGGCUCUCGCGCACCAGUUACGUCUAACCGUAAAAAAUAGAAACUUCCAAGAUGGCCGAGGCCGUGGACUCCAUGCAUUUCGCAGCAAACAGCAAAACAAAUUCUCCUAAACCCUUGAUAGCUAAGCGGCCGCCGGAGAGCCGACCGCAGUCUUCCAGCGACAUUUACCCGCCACCUCCUAAGAAGGUCCGGGUGGAGGAGCGGGGCCUGAAGCACAGGAAACUGAACGGAGAGGUGUGCGCAGGGGAAAAACACAACGGGAAGCAGAGUUGUGGGAGCCCAGCGAAAUGGAGUUUCGGCCCGGCCAAGGCGAGCCACUCCACCGCCGCCGCGUCGGCGACAACCACCCCGGCUCGGAAAAUCUUCAAAAUCAGCAACUUCCUCGCCUCGCCGCCCAAAGUGAAGAAGGCGAGAGAGAAGCGACACAAGGAGAAGGAGAAGAGCGGCGAAGCGCAGCAGCAGCGGAGCUCCGCCGUCGGUGUGGAGAGAGUGAGCCCAGCUAGCUGCCAUACAAAGACCGAGAACGGCGACAUGAAAAUGCUACAGAGCGCAGAUCACCGUGUGAAGGAGAAAGACAGGGAGAAGAAAAAGGAGAAGAAUAAAGAGUGGAAAAAUCACAAGUUGCCACCUGUGCAUGACAUUGCGAGAGAAAACGGGGAGGUGAUUUCUCAACAGAAAGAGUCUACGGAGAAGCCCAAAGCUGGUUCAGACGAAGACCUCCUGUUGAAGAAACUCAAGAAAAAGAAGAAAAAGAAGCACAAAGAUGGCGAGCGGGUGAAGGAGAGACACAGCCGGCCCAAAAUGUAUCACCGCUCAUGCCAGACGGUGUGUUCGGGAGUGUCUCUGGCUCUGCCCGAGUUCCUCGGUCGAAUCAACGGGAACAACAACAACAACAGCAUCAACAACAGCAGUCUACUCCACUCCAACACAUCACAACAGCACCACCAGGAUCCUCUUGUUACUGCCGCUACCUCCACCUCCAUCUCCUCCAUGGUCAGGGACAGGCUCGGCUACAGCUCACCGCUCCACUGCACCCCGGCGCCGGGCCUGCCCGGUCUGGAGUUCGGGCACCUGAUCCACAUCGAACAGCAGGCCAACGGAGGGGCGUCUGUGGCGCACGCCUACAGCGAGCAGCUCUCCUCCCUGUCUCCGGCUGAGAUGCAGCGCUUCGCCCAGGAGUUCGUCACCCUGUCGUUCAGCGAGGACGAGGCCCAGGCGGCGUGUUUUGUGAUGGGAAUCAUACACGGAGCGGCGUCCUACCUCCCAGACUUCCUGGAGUACUUCUCCUACAAGUUCCCCAACGCGCCAGUGAAGAUGGAGGUGCUCGGGAAGAAGGACAUAGAGACGACGACCAUGGUCAACUUCCACUCUCAGGUGAAGCGGACAUAUUCCCAGGGAACAUACCGUGCCGGGGCCAUGCGGCAGGUCAGUCUGGUCGGGGCUGUGGACGAAGAGGUUGGAGACUACUUCCCCGAGUUCAUCAGCAUGUUAGAGGAAUCUCCCUUUCUGGAGCGGACACUGCCCUGGGGAACGUUCUCCAGUCUGCGUCUGCAGAGCCCCACUGAGAGCGACGACGGCCCCAUCAUGUGGGUCAGACCUGGAGAACAGAUGAUCCCCAUGGCAGACAUGCCAAAAUCACCCUUCAAAAGGAAAAGGUCCACCAAUGAGAUAAAGAACCUGCAGUAUCUACCCAGAGCCAGUGAGCCCAGGGAGAUGCUGUUUGAGGACCGGACGAGAGCCCACGCUGACCACAUCGGUCAGGGGUUUGAGAGACAAACUACUGCUGCUGUAGGUGUGCUGAAGGCUGUGCGCUGCGGAGAGGACAGCUACGCUCCUGCCCGGAUCACCAAAGAUGUUGUGUGUUUCCAUGCUGGAGAUUUCCCAGAUGUUGUCAUGAGGCUGCAGCUGGACCUCCACGAACCUCCGCUGUCUCAGUGUGUACAGUGGAUCGAUGAUGCCAAGCUGAACCAGCUAAGGAGGGAGGGGAUCCGAUACGCCCGAAUCCAACUCUACCACGAUGACAUCUACUUCAUUCCCAGAGGAGUUGUCCACCAGUUCAAAACCGUGUCUGCUGUCUGCAGUCUGGCGUGGCAUAUUCGACUCAAACAGUAUCACCAACACGAAGAGAAGGAGGAAGAGGAGGAGGAGGUGAAGGAAGAGGAGACAUCUACACCUAGAGAAGUAACACUUCAUAUCAAAGAAGAAGAAGAAGAGGAGGAGGAAGACGACGAGGAGGUUGAGGGGAAGGAGUGUGACCCUGCUCUACAGAUAGCGAUGAAGCUGGAGGAUGAAGAGGCUGAGGGAAGGGAGGGGCUGCCUUCACAAACUCCGACACAGAUUUUCAAGGAUGAAGAGCAAGAGAAGAGAGCCGAGAUGAAGGAGUUGUCAACGACACAGUCUCUACCUUUUGUCAAGAGGGAGAGAGAUGAAGGUGUACUCACUCACACACUAAUAGAGCCUAAAGCUGAAGAAAAUGAGAAAGAGGAGGGUAAAGCAGGAGGGGGGGAGGAAGAUGCAGGCGCAUGCCGGACACUGCAGAAGGGCCAUGAGGAGGGUGGAGUGGACAGUGCAUCCUUAAAGUCACUACAGCAGAUUAGGAAGGAGAAUGAUGUGGAGGAAGAGAGGCAGCAAAAGACAACGGUACCAGGUCAAGGUCUAAAAGAGAAAACUAAAGAUAGUAUAACGAGCACUUACAACACACCGCAAAUCAAAAAGGAGAAAGAUAAAGGAAAAAGAGAGAGAGAUGAAAAGGAGAGGGUUAAAGAGAAGGAGAAAAAGGACAAGGAUAGGAGUAAAGAGAAGGAAAAGGAUAAAAAAGAGAAGGGGAAAGACAGAGAUAGAGAGAAGGACAGGGUGCGAGAGCAGGAGAAAGUUAAGGCCGAGGGAGGACGAGAGGGGAGUACAUCGACGCAGCCGCUGCCACAGAUGAGGAAAAAGGAGGACGAGGAGCGGACAAGAGAGGGCAGUAAAGCCUCUCAAACAUCCCUUCCUGCACAGAGAGACGAGAAGUGGGCCAAGGAGUGGGACUCAAAGACACAUCCCCACCUCAAGAGGGAGAAGGAGCACGAUAAAGACAGGGGAGGCACACAAGGAGCGUCUCACUUAAGGCCAGACAGAGAGGAGGCUCGAGACGCCAGUUCUCAUAAACACAAGUCUUCACACGGGAAGAAGGAGAAGAGCGGGCAUAAGGAGGGCAACGUGGGGAGCACGCAGCAGGGGGUGCAGGCAAAGUCUGGGAGAGAGGACGGGAAGACGGGAAUUCCCAAACCUGUGAACAUUCAGGUAAAGAAAGAAGGAAAGAAAGAUAAAGACAUCAGCAGUAAGGAGGAGAGGAAGAAGUCUGCCUCUGCUCCUGCGCCACCAGAACACAAACAACCACGGACGCUCAUCACCUUUGACCUCUUUAAGCCGAUGGAGGCUCACCAAACUCUGGCCCUUUCCUUCACGGAGAGCAGGCCUAAGACCCACCAUCACAGUGACUCUCGAGGCUCUUCCUCUAAGCCUGGAUCUGACAGUCGGACAGUUGUGCCCUCUAAAGGACCAAAAGUAAAGGACACGGUGCAGGGAAAACCUGCCACGCCCCUACAGGACACUCGGCCACAGCAGCACUCAUUAAAACAGCCCCUAAAAACACACACACCCCAAACACAGAAAGACUUCUUAAUAUGAAUGUCUAGUCUUUUCUUUUUUCUUUUUUUUUUUUUACUGUACAACUUACGCCGAGGCUUUGUUGAAGUAUUUGAAAAUGCAUCCUUCCUUCGGACAUCAGCUGGUGUUUUCUAAUUUGUAAUAUAUGGGUUGGUUGCGUUCCACAGCCGCAGUAACUCCAGUGGCGUGGUGAAAAGAGGAUGCACUCUCCAAGUAUUUUAUCAGCGCCUAAGAAUGUAAGCUAAGUAGCUCACUUCACGUUUGUUAGCGAAUGUAUGUAGGCUCUAUAUAAAAUGUUAUGUGACCCAUGUGUCAGUGCCUGUGCACUACUUAGCUUCGCUCUUAAAGCACCUAUUUUAGGUACUGGACUAGCCAAUCUGAAAACGACCAUCCUUACUCCCUGCUAUAGGAAUUACUACGUUCACUGUUUGGGACACUUCGGCAAGUCACCGAGCUCUCUCGCUGAAACCCUCUUUUGCCAUGUUGCUUUAGUCGAUGGGGUUUGUUGUUUAUAACACUCCAAAAUCGGAGCAAGUAGUUUUCAGACUGGACGUUGUUUGACUCACACAGGGCUGUAAAUGAUACUGUAUGUACCAAAACUGUACAGUAUAGAUGUUAUUAGCACCAAUGUGAGAAAAUGUAUACAGAAAUUGCAUAUAUUUUUUGUAAGACAAGUUUUAUUUUCCAUAGAACUUAUUUAUAUCAUUUACUGUCUGUUUUUAUUUGAAACCAAUGUAUGUGAACAUUUUGUUGUAAAUACAUUUUAUUUCCUAAGAUAAGACUUGGUAGUGUGAUUUAUACUCUGAUCAGAACCUCUCAAUAAAUGGUUCAAAAAUA